AUGUACUCCAGCUUCUUCGGCGGGAUCACUCUCGAACCCGCGCUCAUGGUUAUUCCCAUCGACGAUCAUAUGGUUCACAGAGGGCACGGCGUCUUCGACACAGCGUUGAUCAUGAACGGGUACGCCCCCCCCGAUUGGAGGUUCUGAUAUCUUCUUCUUCUUCUUCUUCUUCGUGCAUAAUCAUUCAGUUUGCAGGUUCCUGUACGAGCUCGAUGCUCAUCUGGACCGGCUAUUGAAGUCCGCAUCGAAGGCGAAGAUCUCCCCCCCUUUCCCUAGAGCGACCCUGCGGAGCAUCCUCAUCCAGCUGACGGCGGCGUCCAAGUGCGAGAAAGGUUGUCUCCGGUUCUGGCUGAGCGCCGGACCCGGGGACUUUCUUCUGUCGCCGGCGGGUUGCCCUGAGCCGGGGUUCUACGCCGUGGUUGUGGACGAGGACUUCCAGCAGCCCAGGGAGGGAGUGAAGGUGAUAACCUCCACCGUCCCCAUGAAGCCCCCUUUCUUCGCCACCACGAAGACCGUGAACUACCUCCCGAAUGUCCUCUCCGCCAUGGAAGCGGAGGAGCAGGGGGCCUUCGCCGCCGUGUGGGUGGACGACCGGGGCUUCAUUGCCGAGGGCCCAAACGUCAACGUGGCCUUCAUAAGCAAGCGUGGCGAGCUCCUCCUGCCGCGCUUCGACAAGAUCCUCGGCGGCUGCACCGCGCAGAGGCUACUCGAGCUCGCGCCGGCGCUAGUGGAGAAGGGCCUCUUGCAGAGCGUCCUCAUGAAGGAUAUAACCGUGGAGGAGGCCAAGGACUCGGCCGAGAUGAUGUGCGUCGGAACGAUGCUCCCUCUGCUUCCGGUGAUCGCAUGGGACGACCAGCCUAUCGGCGACGGUAAGUAAGUCAACCCCGUUUACCCUUUGAUAACCUCGCCGUUGACUUGGGAAUCCUCUGACGGCCCUCUCUCUCUCUCUCUAUCUGUGCUGCAGGGCGUGUGGGCGAGCUGACCCUCGCCCUCUCCGACCUGCUGUGGGAGGACAUGGUGGCCGGGACGGGUAAACAGAGGAUCCGCGUCCCCUAUGAGUAG